AAACAACCUUCUACAGUCAGUCAACGACCCCAACGGAAACAUUCCCCAGUUUUGUAGAACAAAAGACUGCUACAUUCCGCGUUGACAGAAAAAUCGCGUUGACAGAAAAAUCUAUCUUCCGGCUUCCUAGCUUCAAAAGCCCCGAGCUCCACUCGCCGGUGGUUUUGAUCAGGCGAAGAUGACAUCAGUGGCGGUUGCAGUGAACAGCAGCUCCGGCGGAGGUGGAGGCAGAGGAAGUCGACGCGCGGUUCGCUGGGCAGUGGAGAAUCUCAUGCUCAAGACCGAUCAUUUUGUCUUAGUCCAUGUCAUGCCCAGAAUCGCUUCAAUCCCGACUCCAUCGGGAGAGCAUAUUCCUGUAGAAGAACUGGCUGAGAAUGUGGUGGCAACAUACGUGGAGGAUGUGAAACUAGAGUUUGAAAAGGUGUUUUUUCCAUAUAAGGAACUAUGCAAAACGAGAAAGAUGGAAACCUUGCUUCUGGAGGAUGAUGAUCCCGGGACUGCACUCCUUAGAUAUGUAUCUGCAGCGGGAAUUCAAAGUUUAGUUCUAGGAUCUUGCUCUUCAAACUUUGUUAUGAGGAAGCUAAAGGGACCCCGGGUACCAACAACUGUUCUGAGAUGUGCAACUGGCAGUUGCAAUAUUUAUAUUGUAUCUAGAGACAAUAUCCUCACAAAACCAGCUGAUUCCUUAUUCACUGUUGAUAAUAAAGAAGGUUCCAGUGACGUUACUAAACAACUAUCUAGGCUUGAUUUUCCCUCUGUAGAACCCAAGGUUUACAACAGCUUUGGAACAUCAUCAAUGCUGCAGCUUAGUUACGUAAAUUCUCAAGCAUUCACAAAUAUGGAUUCUUUUACAAAUUCCAGUGUGAAUCAUGAAAGGAAUCAUCAAACAUUUGAGGGUGACUUUGAAACGAUUAAGCACUGCAAUUCCUUUUCCUCUACAAAACCUGGGCAGACAGGUAUUCAGGCUGAAGUAGAACAACUGCAACUUGAAAUUCAGAAUACUGUUGCCAUGUACAAACGGGCCUGUGAAGACUUGGUCCAUUCUCAAAAAAAAGUUGAGUUACUUUCCUCUGAAUGCCUUGAAGAGGCUAGAAGAGUAAAUGCUGCUCGAGAUAGAGAAGAAACUCUGAGGAAAAUUGCUGCUGAAGACAAAGCCAAGUAUUUGGAAGCCAUUAAGGAGGUUGAGGAGGCACGAAACUUACUUGCUAAAGAGGCUUAUGAAAGGAAGAUAGCUGAACUGAAUGCCCUCAAGGAGUCCUUGGAGAAACAGAAAAUUGUUGAUGCACUAUUCUCUGGUGACAAGAGGUACAGAAGGUAUACUAGGGAUGAAAUAGAGACAGCAACAGAAUUAUUCUCAGAGAGUAAUGUGAUUGGUGAAGGUGGGUACGGGAAAGUUUACAAGUGCAGUCUUGAUCACAUUCCGGUAGCUGUUAAGGUUCUAAGUCAUGAUGCAAUUGGCAAGAAAGAGGAGUUUCUGAAAGAGGUUGAAGUUUUAAGCCAGUUGCGCCAUCCCAACGUGGUUUUGAUGCUUGGAGCCUGUCCUGAGAAUGCUUCCCUGGUCUAUGAAUACUUGGAAAAUGGAAGCUUGGAGGAACAUAUUUUCCACCGAGAUGGCCAAGCACCACUUCCUUGGUUUGUUCGAUACCAGAUAGUUUUUGAAAUCGCUUGUGGACUUGCAUUCUUACAUAAUUCAAAACCAGAGCCAAUUGUUCACCGCGAUCUAAAGCCAGGUAAUAUAUUGCUAGACAGAAAUUAUGUGAGCAAAAUUGGAGAUGUUGGGCUUGCAAAGAUGAUUUCUGAUGCUGUGCCUGACGACAUUACGGAGUACAGAGACUCAAUCCUUGCCGGUACACUCUGCUACAUGGACCCAGAGUAUCUGAGAACCGGCACGAUCCGACCCAAAUCAGAUUUAUAUGCUUUUGCAGUCAUAACCUUACAGUUGCUAACAGGUCGCAAACCAAAUAGGCUUCUAUCAACUGUUGAAAAUGCCAUGACAAAGGGCACCCUUCCUGACAUCUUAGAUAAGUCAGUCAGAGGUUGGCCAUUGGCCGAAACAGAGGAACUAGCUCGAAUUGCACUGAGGUGCUCAAAACUUAGAUGCAGGGAUAGACCAGAUCUUGAUACAGAAGUUCUGCCAGUCCUCAAAAGACUCAGUGAUGUUGCAAAUGCUAGUUCAAGCGUAGAAAGAGACAAUAUUAAUGCACCAAAACACUACUUCUGUCCAAUCCUACAGGAAAUCAUGGAUGACCCACACAUUGCUGCUGAUGGUUUUACAUACGAGCAUGAAGCAAUUCAGGCAUGGCUUAAGAAACAUAAUGUAUCACCUGUUACAAAGCUUAGACUCCAGCAUUUGACAUUAACUCCAAACCAGACACUACGUUCUGCCAUUCAGGACUGGAGGUCACGUGCGAAAUUUUCACAUGCCUAGAUUAUCAAGCUUUUCAAUAAACAAAAAAAAAAAAAAAAAAAAA